UAUUGUUCUGCAAGCGAGAGAAUUGACUUUAGUGGAUGUUCGUUUGUCCCAUCGGUCAAAAUGAGCAGUGUUAAUAUAGAAGCGGCGAAGACCGAAGAAGUCAAGACUCGGGUACCGACAACCAGGGUUUUAAAGAUACUAGCAAUAAUUUCAGCUUCGCUGUUUGUCUUGAUUGCGGCGGCACUAGUUGCUUUUGUGUUAGUCUUUUACCUCUCUCACAAGUGCAUGGACAGCGAAGCUUGCAGAGGAUCUGAUUAUACUGCCUGUGGCUGUGGUCAACAGAAAACUCGAUCUGAGAGGAUUGUAGGUGGAUUGAGCACAUAUGAUGGCGAGUGGCCUUUUAUGGCCAGUGUACAGUACAAUGGCCAACACAUCUGUGGAGCAACACUUAUCUCCUGUAGGUGGCUUUUAACAGCUGCACAUUGCUUCAGGGACAGGGAUACAGACAACUGGACUGUGGUGCUUGGAGUCCAUUUCUUGGAUCGUUCAACAAACGGCAUCCAGAUACGAAAAAUUGCAAAGAUAAUUAUUCACCCUCUGGCAACACCUUCCUUUAAUUAUGAUGUUGCCCUUUUGGAGUUGUCCCAGCCAGUUGAAUACACUGAUUUUGUUCAACCGGCUUGUCUACCUAUAGCCACAGCAUCCACUGCUGGCAGAAGAUGUACAGCCAUUGGAUGGGGAAAAACAAGUGAAAAUGGAUUGCCAAGUAAUGAGCUUUUACAGACUGAAGUGCAGGUUUUCAACAACAGCCAAUGUCAGCGGUUUAUACCAAAAAUAACUGAACAGAUGAUCUGUGCAGGGGUUCCUGAAGGUGGCAGAGAUGCCUGUCAGGGAGAUUCUGGAGGACCAUUGCUGUGCCAAGAUGAGAAUUCUCGGGCAUGGAUAGUGACAGGAGUUGUUUCCUUUGGAACAGGCUGUGGAAGACCUAAUUAUCCAGGUGUAUAUACUCAGACAGCAGCUGUUCGGAAAUGGAUAAUGGAAAGGAUAAAUGAAUAAGUGUUGCUGGCAGCCUCACUUGUGAUGGUCAUUCUGACUGAUUGUUGCUAUGAUUGGGAUGUUGCUGAGACUUAUUAUAACAAUCGUUUUUAAUCACUUCAUGCUAUAUUGGAGUCUAUAUGUAGAGCAUUUUGCUUUGGAAAAAGCUUUGUCUUGGAUCAGAUUGUAACAAAUCUCAUUUAGAGAAACUCUGGAUUUUAAACUGUCCAACUUUUUAUUGCAUUCAGCCAGCUAAAGUGCAGUAUUCUCAUUUUUGUAGUUUUCACUAAUAUUGCAAUGCACUAAAACAACUGCUUAAAUUGGUCUCAUUAGAAAUCACUGCACUUAUUUUUAGAAAUAAAAGUUGAUGCUGUCAGACUUAUAAUAUUUUGGCCACACCUGGGCUAAUUAACCAUCAUAAGUGGUGGAAUUCUGUAUGUUACAAUGUGACUAUUUGUAAAUUGCACUGUUCACUAAUGUAAUGAAAGAUAUGGCAAACUGGUUACAAUAAAA